UUCACCAAUAUAUUUCCCCCGUCCUUCGUAUUUUCCUCUCACUAUUCCCAAAUUCGGUAAAGUUUGAGAUUUGCGAUCUUCGUGUUCUCUGCAAUCUUCUACGAAGCUAGUGUUGUUAUUGUCUGGGAAGAUAUGGCUCGUACGAAGCAAACCGCUCGUAAAUCGACAGGAGGAAAGGCUCCGAGGAAGCAGCUCGCAACCAAGGCGGCGAGGAAAUCUGCUCCGACCACCGGAGGAGUGAAGAAGCCUCAUCGUUACCGUCCUGGAACAGUCGCUCUACGUGAAAUCCGCAAGUACCAGAAGAGUACGGAGCUUUUGAUCCGCAAAUUGCCCUUUCAGCGGCUUGUUCGUGAAAUCGCCCAGGAUUUCAAGACGGAUCUGAGGUUCCAGAGCCAUGCGGUGUUGGCUCUUCAGGAAGCGGCAGAAGCCUACUUGGUGGGUCUAUUCGAGGACACGAAUCUGUGCGCCAUCCAUGCGAAGAGGGUCACCAUCAUGCCCAAAGACAUCCAACUGGCUCGUCGAAUUCGCGGAGAGCGUGCUUAAUCCCCCUUGUAUCAGCACAAACGUUGGCCGUGAUGAUAAUACAGCAUAGAUUUGUUUUUAACAUCGUUUUUUGGAUCUUGAAUUUUAUCGAUAGCACUUUUAUCCUUUUUGAAAUGAUCGAAUAUUAAUAAACUGACUGACUGUAUACUAUAUGUAAAUGAUCCAUUGAAAUACUUCAACUGGACGAUCUGUACA